AUGAAUGCAAGCGAAGAACCUUGUGCUGACAACAGGGUAGACUGCGGCCAGUUUGAGACCCCGACCUACUUCCUGGUGUUAAUGACCUCACUGAACGUCGUCAUUUUCCUGGCGGGACUCUUGGGUAACGUGGCCGUCAUAGGGGUUUUGUUGAAGAAUCGAGGGUUGUUUGAGACAACAGGAGUUUUUCUGCUGAACCUAGCUGUAGCUGACUUGCUGGUCAUCCUCAUAGCCCAGCCCACAGCUCUCAUGGAUCUGUUUACACAAGAGAUCUGGUCGAGUCAUCCCUUUCUGGAGAACACGGCGACGACGGUGUCCAUUCUAACGGUAUUGGUGAUUAGCCUAGAGCGUUAUAUUGCCAUCUGCCACCCAUUCCGCCGAUGUAACACCUGUCUGCGGGACCGACAGCUAGCAACGCUGCUCUGUCUCUGGACUCUGGCCGUCUUCAUAUGCCUGCCACUUGUCUUCAUCACAACGCACAAACUAUCCAAGUUCUAUGACGGCAGAAUGGUGCCCGUCUGUAGGGUGACUAUCGAGGACCAGUGGAAGCAGGUGUACAUCGUGGGCAUGGUGGUUGUCAUGUACCUGGUUCCUGUCAUUGUCUUUGCUUACCUUUACAGCGCUCUAAUUCGCCGUUUGUCCAAGGACAUUACUCCGACAGGAAUGGACAAUGAUGAUUGCGUUUUUGGAGACGGCAGUUCAAGGCCUUCUGUGUCACGAGCUAGAAGGAAAGUGAUAUUUAUGCUGAUCGCUUUGAUUACUUUGCUCUUUAUGUGCGUACUGCCAUUCCGGAUUGUCAGUCUCUGGAUGAUUUAUGCUUCUAAGAAAAGUCUGCUUCAGCUAGGAAUUGUCGGUUAUCUGAGCUUGCUGCGGUUUCCUCAGAUCCUAGUAUACCUUCACAGUGCCGUGAAUCCUAUUGUGUAUAACGUCAUGUCUCGACGUUUUAGGCUCGCAUUGCUCAGACUGCUGCCAGCUAAACCGCAAUGCUUUCAAAUUCGAGACGAGAGCAAAAGCAGAGUGUAA